AUGAUAAGUCCCUUACAUCCACAAACUUUUAUUAAAAUGGAACCUACCCCGACUACAGUGAAGGGUUUAGGUUUGUCCAAUAACAAAGGUCCCUCGCCAAUUUUUCAAUAUGGUAGCCAGAGAACACUAUCCAAUGGUCCAUUAUUUAAUAAUAAUAACAACAACAAUAAUAAUAAUAAUAACGUUAAUAACAACGAUUUUCAGUCCAAUUUCUCAACGUCAUCAUCUUUAGUGACAAAUACUGGUAGCCAAUUCGGUUCUCCGCAAUUUAACUCCUCAAGAAAAACAAGUAAUAAUAUUCAAAAUAAUUUAUUAUCAACUAGUACAACUAGUAAUAGUACUAUAACGUAUAAUAAUAUUUCAAGACCAAAUGUCACAAAUUAUAUUUCACAACCAAAGAUCACAGAUCAAUCAUUCUCUGUAUUGUCAUUACCACAACCAUACAGACUACCGGCACAUGUAGAAGACAACAAUAAUAAUAUUGCUAUUGCUGGUUCCAACAACUACUAUCACUAUUCUUCUAGUCCAACUUCAACUACACAAAACAAUAAUAAGCACAAUGAUAUAAAUAUUUAUCCUGUGGGGACUAAAUUUCAUGAUUCAAAUGGUAAUAUUCAAGAUGGACAAUAUUCUAAUGGAUACUUGCCAACACAACAACAAGGUGUUCCUCAGGAAAAUAAGCCAGCCUUUAUAGCACAAUACGGUGCAAGUCAACCAUUCAUUACUAGAAGUGCAUAUCCACCCUUAUGGAUGAGGACCCAAACUAAUGACGUACUUUCAGGACCUACAUAUAAUACCUUUAGAAAAAGCGACAUCAAUGAUAUAAAUAUAAAACCUAAGUCACCCUCCAUUUCAAGUCCACCAGGUUAUAAUGGUAAUGGUACCCAAUCGCAGGCUCAAUAUGGAAUUGACCAUAACAAUGGUAUAUUUAUGAGAAGGAACACUCAGGAACAAAUUGCUAAAUCAAUUGCAGAAAAAAAUAUUCAAGUACCAAUUGAUGAAUAUGCUAAUAAUGUAAGAAAAGCCGAAUUAGCUGUUCUCGAGAUGAAUGAUCAUACUCAUAGUAAAUCUGCUAUUCAAAGAGCUGAACAAAAUAGAGAAAGAGAAAAACAUGUCUAUGCAUUAUUAUGGUUAAUGAAAAAUUGUAAAGCUGAAACAAACUCCUAUGUUCCUCGUAGUAGAAUAUUUUCACAAUAUGCAGCCUCCUGUGCUAAAUCAACAUUGAAACCAUUAUCACAGGCUACAUUAGGUAAAUUGAUAAGAACCAUUUUACCAGAUAUCACUACAAGAAGGUUAGGUAUGCGAGGUCAGUCCAAGUAUCAUUAUUGUAAUUUAGCAUUACUAUCUGAAAGUGAAGUUUCAUCUCGUUCAAGUUCAAACGUCGAAGGUAUUAUGAGUGACAACUCUAGUACACAUACUAAUAUUUCUACUAUUGCUCCAGAUUCUAAAAAUAAUAACAAUAAAGAUAGAUCUUGCCAUGAUUCUAAUGAUUCAAAGACUAAUCCUAGCGUAGCUGCAUUAUUUAAUGAAAUCUUCAAAUGUAAUGAGUUACCCUUUAAUAGUUCUUUACAAUUACCACCAAUCCCACUAGACGAAAUUUCUUCAAAGAUUGAUUCUGAUAUUGCAUCGUCAUUGGAAUCACUUUAUCAUGUCCAUUGCUUGUCCAUUUAUGAAAAUAUUCUUUUCAUGAAAUUCGAUGAAUUACCAAAUUGUUUAAACUUAUCCAGUAAUGGGUCUUUAUCACCUCAAAUGUUUAAUCUAUUGAUCUCAUCUGAAUUAUACAAUUGGGUUUAUGAAUGUGACUUAAAGACUCAUGCUGUUAUCAUCCAAGAACUUGCCAAGAAAUUAAUCAAUGAGGAUACAAUUAUAGAGACUACAGUAGAACAAUUAAAAGUUUUCAAUCAAUCAUAUAAGGAUGUUGUUGCUAGAGCCUCCUUAGAUUUACCAAUUCCAAUGGUUGAGAAUAAAGUGUCAGUGGCUAAUAAAUUUUCUUUAAUAGUAAAAGAACUUGUCAAGUUAUUAAAUUAUUCUAAUGCCUUCAUGGAAAAUUUCCCAAGUUAUAAGAAUGGUAUGGUUAACGACUGGCAAAAGUUAGUGACUCGAGAAAAUUUUACUGAUUUGCCAUUAAAUGACAAAGGUGUAAAAAAUGAGGAAGAUCCCAAACCUUUGAGCUCUUCUGUCAAGACAAGAAUAUGUGAAGACAUUUCUAUAUUUUUAGAGUCUACAGAGACUAAAGAAUUACAAUUGAAGAAUUUAAUUGAAAAAUUUUGUAAGUUUAUUACUUAUAAAGGAAGCUCAACAGCACAUAGUAUUGCGAACUAUUAUUUACAAUUUUUUGGUGGAUUGGUUGGUGAAUUAAGUCUAAAAGCAUCUGACAACUUACGUUGUUGGUUGUAUUUCAAUAAUAUCAUAUACCAAUUGAUCGCAUAUAGUGAAGAUUUCAGAAACUUAAUUAAUAUGGUCAAAUAA